AACAGUUAUUUUCUUAUAUAUGCUGCUUAAUUUCUAUUUAGUAUCAAACAUAUUAUCAGUACUUUAAAUGUUGCAACUUUAUAGAUUCAGAAUUAUAUUCAUGCAUAGAACACUGAAGUGAUUUAUACGAUGGGAUUGGAAAAAAUUACAGAUAAAAUAGAUAACAAUGUUGAUACCUCUGCAUGUGAUACUAAUCAAGUGGAAAACGUGAAUAAGCCGGACAUGAAACGUAAAAGACAAAAUGAAAAAAGAAGAAACAACAUUAAUGAUAACAUUGAUGAAAAUAUAAUUGAAGAUGACAAAGAGGAGAAUGUUUAUACUGAGAUGAAAGAGGAUCAGGAUGUAGAGGACACGAAGAACGAUGAAGAAUCAUCACCAAACAAGAAAGCAAAUAGAUAUACAACAAAUGGUUUAAAUGAUACAGAAGAAAUUUACAAAAAUAACUCGAAAACUCCAAAACAGCUUUCUAAAAGACAAUUAAAAAAACAAAAAGCUGAGCAAAGAAAGAAUGAAAGAAGGAUGGCCAAUAGAAUUGAAGCAAUGACGAAAGGACUUAGUUAUGUUUCAAAGUGGAAAUAUGCGCGAAGCGAAUGGAAGUUUGAAAAGAUAAGGCAAAUUUGGUUAAUUGACAAUUUGCUAGAUGAAGUUCAUAUUCCAGAUGAGAUUUUUCCAAUAGUUUUGGAAUAUUUUGAAGGAUGUAAAGGAAUGGCUCGAGAACUACUUUUAAGGAAAGGCUUGGAUGUUGUAAGGAAAGUAGAAAAUGAAGAAAAUAAAGACGAGGUAGAAUCUAUUGCUUAUCAAAGGGCAAGAAAACUUCUACAAGCUUUACCUACUGAAACCUAAA